AUGAGUGAGUCGCCAAGAUCAGAUAAGGGCGGGACCCGAUUCAGCACUCCUGUCCCAGAGCUUGAUGAUCACCGCUUCCAGCCAGAGUCUCUCCCUAGGGCGGACACCGCCGCUGACAAUGUGCUGAGCUGGCAGGACAAGUUGCUGCAGGCGCGCCAAGCGCAAGAAGGUGGAAGUCCAAUGCCACGCCGUGUUAAUGAUACGUUUCACCUCGAAGUGGGACCAAUAUCCAGGGACUUCGAGAAUGCGAUUGCCGACGAUGAACUUAGUGCCAAUGGUGACAGACGGCGCUCAUCUGUGAACCCUAUGGCGCCGGUUCGACCGAGCCUCCAGAGACCUAAUCUCACCUUGCAUGAUCUCCCGACUCGGUCUCGAGCCUCAUCGGCAUCGGGUAAGUCCAGUUCGCCUCCAAAUUCUGUCGAAGCAUUUGCCGAGCCGCGUCGCCGUGAACGUGCGAAUACUAUGGAGAGUCAUGCGCCGUUGGACUUGGAUAUCGUUCUCCAGAAGACCAUGUCCACUGGCACCAAUCAACGUCGCCCGACCUUCAGCAACACGAGCGCAAUUGGCGCAGAUACCGUGGAUCCGAGAACUGGUCUCAACGACGAUGCGGAUGUGUGCUUCCCCACAUACGAUGAGAGCGGAAAAACCUCAAUCAUCGACUUCGAGGAGUUGGAGGAAUUCGUGGCCCUUAGCAGAAGGAAAAGUCAGACCGUGCCCCGCAAAGUUAGCAUGACUGCGCAGAGAAAGCGAUCUCGCACCUUUCACGAUUUACGACCUAGGUCGGAGGCUAGGGAUAUCCCCAAAAUUGUCAUGCGACCGUCCACCGCUGCAUCCGUGGUCGACACUGCCGGUAGUCUUGAAAAGCAAAUCAGCCAUACCGUGGAUGAGAAAGAAGUUAAAAAUCUUCAUAAUGAGAACGAGCGUAACCGCUUCAGCUUCUUUUCAUCCGAGUACCAGAACACAGUCCACGCAUGUGAACUGGGUGGCCUCGUGCUUGAAGGAGAGACUUUCCGUGACCUGUUCCAGCUAGGUCCUGAUGGUGGCGUAUGGUGGCUCGACGUCCUUGAUCCGACCAAUGAUGAAGUAGGAGCGAUUUCGCGAGCUUUUUCCAUCCAUCCCUUGACUGCAGAGGAUAUCAUGAUGCAGGAAGACCGUGAGAAGGUGGAAUUGUUCAAGCAGUAUUACUUUGUCUGUUUCCGGACUUUUUACCAGAUCGAUAAACUCAGUGAUGACUUCCUGGAGCCAAUCAAUACGUAUAUGGUUGUUUUCCGCGAGGGAAUCAUCUCCUUCUCAUACACCGAAAACCCCCAUGCGGGCAAUGUCCGAAAGAGAAUUUCGAAGUUGCGCGACUAUGUGUCUCUUAGCAGUGAUUGGGUUUGCUACGCAAUGAUCGAUGACAUCGUCGACAGCUUCGGUCCUGUCCUCCGCGAUGUAGAGAUCGAAUCCGAAGUAAUAGAAGACCAAGUUUUUAUCGCGCGCGUCGAGGAUUUCAACGUCUUCCUCCCCCAAAUCGGCGGCCUGCGCAAAAAAGUCAUGAGCCUCAUGCGCCUCCUGGGCGGCAAAGCAGAUGUCAUCAAGGGAUUCUCCAAGCGGUGCAAUGAGCAGUACUCCGUCACGCCACGGGGGGACAUCGGGCUCUACCUCGGCGACAUCCAAGAUCACGUCGUGACUAUGAUGUCCAACCUAGGCCACUUUGAGAAGAUGCUCAGCCGCUCGCACACCAACUACCUCGCACAGCUGAGCGUGACGAACCUCAUGAUAGGCAACCGGGUGAACAAAGUGCUCAGCAAGAUUACGUUCCUGGCGACGAUUUUGGUGCCUCUCAAUUUGAUCUGUGGGUUGUUUGGGAUGAAUGUUACGGUCCCUGGACAGUCGGCGGAAGGGCUCGGGUGGUUCUUUGGCAUUUUGGGAGUCAUUGGGAUGAUUGUUAUGGUUAGCUUGGUGAUUGCGCGUCGCUAUAAACUUCUAUGA